AAAAAAAAAUAUGCAGUAUCUCUGAAAAGUGAGCUAUGCCCUAUUCUGAAGUUGCUGAAAAAGUAGGGCCAUGAAUCUGAAACUAACCUAUGUAUCUGUACUGGUGUUUGGAGUAGCAGGUCUAAUUGUAUUGACAUAUCUGCAAACCUGCAUUGAAGAUCAACAUGCAGGGACUGAAGAAAAAAUGCAGCAGCAGAUGAUUAAUCAGGAUUUUGGAAGCUAUUCUACUGAGGAAUCUGAAAAACCAAAAGAAAAUUGGAUUGUAGGAAAGUAUUUUCACAAAGACAGUAAAGCUUUGAUUGAGAGUGAAGAUUCUCAGGAGCCCUAUCUUUUCGGGGGAACAGAAGGUUCUUUGACCACUAAUUUUUCUGAAGACCCACAGAACGUUCUUAAACAGCUCAAAGAAAUGAAUUUUUCAUCCACCAAGUUUUAUCAAAAUAAAUUAUUUAAUAGGAACAAUAACUGGAAAACCACCGAUGAGAUACAAGAGAGACGGAAAUUUGUUCUUCGUAAUAUUUGCCAAAAAUAUGUUAAUGGAAACAGAACCCAGACACCUCUUGUGCACAUGGUCUCUAGAAUAUACGUAGAAGAUAAAUACAAACUCUUGUAUUGUGAAGUUCCUAAAGCAGGCUGCUCCAACUGGAAAAGGAUUCUGAUGAUACUUGGUGGUCUCACAAAAUCUGCUGCUAAUAUUUCUCAUGACAGUGUACACUAUGGAGAUCAUUUGAAGAAACUAGAUAGUUAUAAUAUAAAAGAGAUAUAUAAGCGUUUAAAAACAUAUACCAAAAUUAUAUUUGUCCGUGAUCCAAUGGAAAGAUUGGUGUCUGCUUUUCGGGAUAAGUUUGAACACCCAAACAGUUAUUACCAUCCUAUAUUUGGGAAGGCUAUUAUUAAGAAAUACAGACCCAAUGCAGAUAAAGAGGCAUUGACAACUGGCUCAGGGGUGCAAUUUAAAGAGUUUAUACAAUAUCUAUUAGAUCCCUAUAGGCCAUUAGGUAUGGAUACGCAUUGGGAACAAAUUAACAAACUUUGUUAUCCUUGCAAUAUCAAUUAUAAUUUCAUUGGCAAAUUUGAAACUCUGGAAAAAGACGCCAAUUAUUUUUUGAAACUAAUAAAUGCUCCAGAUGAGCUCCUAUUUCCUCAUUUCAAAGACAGACACUCCACUGACAAAAGAACCAAUUCAGAAGUUGUAAUGAAAUACUUGGCAGAAAUUCCUGCCACAGAGAGAUUGCAGGUUUACAACUUUUACUACCUGGAUUAUUUAAUGUUUAACUAUACUGUACCAUAUGAGACAUUCCAAUUUGAUGUAAUGCAUAAUCCGGUUUACCUAUAACUUAUGAGAAAAAGUAUAAUUUCUUAAAUGGAGAUGCUUUGAUUUGCUAAAAUUUUGAUAAAUGUAAGUGCCUAACAUUUAGGAAGCAACAUAAUGCAAUAUAAUUAACACGAGUGGCAUUAAAACAA